AUGCCGCUGCGGAUUUCGACUGAAAUUCAUCAACUUUCCUUUCCAUGGCUCUUCACUCAGUUCGGAGAUCAUCACUGCCAACGCCACCGCCGCAUUUCCAUAGUUGUCAUGCACAGCCAAGAAGUUUUUGAACUUGCCCUGCUUUCUGAUGUGCUCCACCAUUGCCUUCUACUGAAGCUCGGCCACUUCGAGGAGGUCCCAGUGGUUCGCAUAGCAGGCGAUCUCAUGUGGAAGCAAAGCACCGGCCUCAAUCUUCGACUCGCCGCAGCCGCCGGCUGCUUUCACUUCCUCCAAAUACUUCUUCACCACACAGGGCUCCCGCUUGGACUCCCGUUUAUAACCCCACCUGUUGAAAUCUUCGUGUAG